AGCCUUCAGUUGCUCAGGUAGAGGGUGAGGACGGCGGGCAGUUUAAAGCACCGGUCGCCUCGCUAUGACCCACCGUCUCCUGGCAACCCAGACUCCCGAGAGGGGGCUAAGCUAAAGGUCCGUCUCGCACGUCUUCAACUGGAGGCAAAAGACAGGGAGCAAGACAGGCAGUAUCAGUUCCAGUUGGAAAUAAGAAAGCUUGAAAUCGACAAGAAAGUCCGGAUCCGUCAGCUGGAGCUAGACUCUCAACUGCGCGCAUCCGGUGCUGUUGAUCCUGCCGAAAGAAACUUGCCAUUUCCACCUCAUUCACCUGCCUUUGACUUCUCAGAAGAAAAACACUGGAGGUGAAAUGAGGAACCAGAAAACAUCUUGCCACGUUCAACUUCCCCUCUUGAGAUGAAUGAGGAAGUGACUCUUCAUUAUCACAGGAAGCAGGUACUGAGUUCUUGUUAAAGAAGCAGCCGGUUAGAGACUCUGACAGUCGAGAGCCAGAGACCGAGAGAGAAGCACGAUGUCUGAAUUCAGAAGGAUCGUGAUGUCUUCAUUCCUGAUGCUGCUGCUCCACUUUCCAGCUGCAGAUCUGAAACGUUACAUUGUCAGACCUGGAGAUGAAGUCACUUUGCCUUGUGACUAUGUGAUGCAUGAUCAGGAUAAGUGUGAGAGAACUCUCUGGCGCUUCUAUGAUUCACCAUACCCACCAGGAGUGAGGCUGUUUGAAGACGGACAGAUUCACAAAGGAGCCAAAGCUAAAUCAGACAGACUGAGAGUUACAGAGAAAUGUUCUCUGGUUAUAAAGAAGGUCACAGAGGAGGAUGCUGGUUUUUACUCCUGCAGCCAGUUCAACAGAUCAGGAGAACAACAAGGUCCAGACUCUGAUGUUAUUCUGUCUGUUGUUUCCAUGACUGAAUAUCAGGUCAAUGAUGAGGUGACGUUACGCUGCUCUGUGGAGACAGAUGGAUGGUGUGACCCAGUGAAGUGGCUGCUUCAGGGUCGAGAUGUAGAUAAAUAUCAAAGAGAGAUAAAGACAUCACAGUCUCCCUGCUCUGCCUCUGUGACAUUUCUGACUUCUCAUUUUAGUUACACAACAAGGUCUGAGUUGCUUUCUUGUGAAGUAACUAAUGGUUUCACAGGAGAAGAACAUCUGUUUCCCUUCAGCCCUCAGUCCUCAGGAGAUGCUACAACAACUGGAACACCAAUUGAUGAAUGGACAUCUGAAAGCAACACCGGAACAGGAGCAGACUGCAAACAUCCAGAAGGACCAGCUGUGUGGUGGGUCAUCCUGGUGUCUGUGGGGUUAGCAGCUCUCAUCGUCACCGUGGUUACGGUCCACAUCUGGACCAGAGCUAAAGGGGGCAAAAAACGGAAGAGAAAAAACCUGGAGCAGAAUGAUGAAGAUGAAGAUGAGGCAGAGUAUGAAAACGAUGGAGGGGCUUCUGCCUCUGUGUGACUGAUCAACAACAUCAACUCCCCUCAGAGUCCAUGCUGUCAAACAUCACCUCCUCAUAUGUUACAGGAGAAAACAGGAGAACCAUGAGAUCAUUGGAACAUUUCUGAUGCCUGAGAACACCUGAGCCCCACGAGAGGCCCUUCAGAAACUCACCUCCAUGUGAUAGGAGACACAGCUUAUUGUAUUCAUUCCUUUCUGAUGACUGAGAACACCUGAGCAGUGUUCAUUUUGGCAGCUGUUUUUUAUUUAGUAUUUUUUAAUGGUUAUUAGUUUUAGUCCUUUUUAUCCUUCGUAGUUUUAGUCCAGUUUUAGUCGUUGAAAAAUCAUUACAUUUUAGUCAAGUUUUAGUCCAAAUGUUUUCUCUCUUCAAACUAAUUCAGUUCGGCAAACACAGGAAUCUGACAUUGGAAUCAAGGGGACAGCAUCAAGUGUUGAAAUUCGUAAAGCAACAUUUCACUCUCUUAACACUUUUCUUUUAACGGUAUUACUCUUACAAAUCUGUGUGCACGCCGCUGCAGAGUGUCUGUUAGGCCCCGCCCCCCGCACACAGAGAGAGAUAGAGUUAGGCCCCGCCCCCCGCACACAGAGAGAGAUAGAGAGUUAGGCCCUGACCCCCGCACACAGAGAAAGAGAGAGAGUUAGGCCCCGCCCCCUCACACAGACAAAGAGAGAGUUAGGCCCCGCCCCCCGCACACAGAGAAAGAGAGAGAGAGAGUUAGGCCCCGCCCCCCGCACACAGAGAAAGAGAGAGAGUUAGGCCCCGCCCCCUCACACAGAGAGAGUUAGGCCCCUCCCCCGCACACAGAAGACACACUUCAGAAACUCACCUCCAUGUGAUAGGAGACACAGCUUAUUGUAUUCAUUCCUUUCUGACUGAACGUCCUUUAAGUGUGCUCUCACAUUCCCAUACAUAGUUAUACUGGAUCUGAUCUAUAGUCUACAGUCUCUGGAUAACAUCUCAAUAUUAGCAGUACUUGUACUCACACCUUAUACCUUCACUUCUCACUGUAACUGCUGCACAUGUUCAAACAUACAAGUGUUGGGUUGAAUUCAUAAAAUAUCUAAAUUGUAAAAUGGUCCAUAAAAUAUUUUCUUAAUUGUGAUCUCUGGGAAAAUCAUUCACCCUAGUGUCGAUUUAAUAACUUUAAUAAAUGCUUUUAUCUCGUUUUUCAAUUAAUGAUUCAUAGCGUGUACUUAUACUGUACCUACAGUAUAUAUACCUGUACUGCCUACUGUAACUGCUGCACAUGCUCUAUAUCUCUGAUCAAUUGUCUACACAAUAGGAUGUUUAGAAUAACGCUUAUUCUAACAGUUAGCAUGCUUAUGUAUAUCAUCAACAUAUUUCAUACAGAUAUAUUGAACUUUUUUAAUACACUAUAUUUCCUUUUCCUGACUAAAUCAGUCUGGUAUCAGAGGACAAUAAGAUUUCCCACAAUGCUCUAAAUACUGAUUACAUUUACAUUACUUGAAAAUUGGCGCUGAAUUUAAUAUCCAUAUUAUAGUUUUUAAGUAGCAUCAGCCUCAUUGUAAUAGUAGUUUAAGUCUCCAUUAAGCAAAACACUGCAAAGCAUUUUAAGCUCAAUUGAACCACUUGUCUGCAAUUGUCACUUCACCCCACACCGUGAUAAACUCCACUGACUGAUCCCCGCUGCUUCAAAUAAAUAAAAUGUCCUCUUAAAUGUA